UUGCGAUUUUAAAUCUGCCCAACAAUUAAUCAGUCAAACUUCUGGUCCAGCAGAGAGUCAAAAUGCCUCUCGCAAAGUCCAAAAAUGCCGUGGGACUGGGCAACAGCCUCAUGAACGAUCGCUUUGGCAAAGGGAAAGGCGCUGACAUGCGGAGGGGCAACUUCCAGGCAGGCAUUCAGCGCACCGGCGCCACUGGAGAGACUUAUAUCACGCCGGAUAAGAAAGAGGCAUCAUGGGUCAAGAUGCGCUCUGUCACGGAGCAAGCUGCGCUGGACGAGUUCUUGUCUACGGCGGAGCUGGCGGGCACAGAUUUCACCGCAGAAAAAAUUAACAAUGUAAAGAUCAUCCACUCAGACCAGAAAAACCCGUACCUCUUGUCAGCUACGGAGGAGCGAGCAGCAGUCAAGAAGCAUAACAAGAACAGGUCACGACUCACAGUACCUCGAAGACCCCACUGGGACGAAGACACUACUCCUCAGGAGCUUGAUGCGCGAGAGCGGGAAUCACUCUUGGAGUGGCGCAGAGGAUUGGCAGAGCUGCAAGAGUCAAACGACCUGCUCUUGACUCCAUUUGAGCGUAAUUUGGAAGUUUGGCGGCAGUUGUGGCGAGUCAUCGAGCGAUCGGACUUGAUCGUGCAGAUUGUAGACGCCAGAAAUCCACUCUUGUUCAGGUGUGAAGAUCUUGAAAAGUAUGUCAAAGAGGUGGAUGCGAAGAAGACGAACCUUCUGCUAGUCAACAAGGCGGACAUGAUGACGUUGGAGCAGCGGCAGAUUUGGGCAGAUUAUUUUGUCGAGAACAAUAUCAACUUCAGGUUUUUCUCUGCGGAACUUGCACGAGAAAGGAAUGAAGCGAGAGGUCUCGGCAAUGGAGAAGAAGGAGAUGAUGAUGAUGACGAUGCUUCCUCCUCGUCCUUACAAGACGAGGUUGCCGAUAACACGGGGUCAGCGGAAAAAGAACUACUUGAGGGCACUAAGCAAAUCGACCUGAAUGAAAGUGAACAGGAUGCUGAGGACCGCUCAAAAGCAGGGACCACGGAUGAGCCAAGCAAGAGUUCAGCGCUAUCAAGUCAUGAGCGAACACGCAUAUUGACCACUGAUGAUCUCGAAGUACUUUUCUUGGAGCAUGCGCCCAAACUUGACACCGGACCCGACCAGAAAGCGCGAAAAACGACGAUUGGCUUAGUCGGUUAUCCUAACGUCGGCAAAUCAUCCACGAUAAAUGCCCUCAUUGGUGCGAAGAAGGUAUCCGUGUCUGCCACUCCAGGAAAGACGAAGCAUUUCCAGACGAUACACUUGAGCGACCAGGUGAUUCUCUGUGACUGUCCCGGUCUUGUAUUUCCUAAUUUCGCAACAACAAAGGCGGAACUCGUUUGCUCAGGUGUUCUGCCCAUCGACCAGCUCCGCGAAUACAGUGGCCCAGCUGCGUUAGUGGCUCAAAGGAUACCACAGCCAUUUUUGGAGGCUAUCUAUGGCAUGAAAAUACAUGUGCGACCACUCGAGGAGGGUGGCACUGGUGUUCCCACAGCGUCUGAACUUUUGCGUGCAUAUGCAAAGGCGAGAGGCUUUGCAACGCAGGGAAUGGGCAUCCCGGAUGAAUCCAGAGCAGCUAGAUAUGUUCUCAAGGACUACGUGAAAGGGAAGUUAUUGUUCUGCCACCCUCCACCCAAAGAUCCACCAAUUGAUCCUCAAUAUUUCAAUCGUGAGCUCUACGAUCUGGAGCAUCUGCCACCGAAGAGGAGAGAGGCUGUGGCCGUAAGUUUGGAAGCAGCAUCAACAGCCGGUUCUGUCAACCCCUCGCUGAUGGCCAGUGACGAUAUGAUUGCUUUGCCAAUUGAGGGCCAAAAGUCGGCGCAGCUAGACAAAAGCUUUUUUGCCAGGGGGCAAGGCCAUGGUGUGAUGAAAAAGCCCUUCCACCAUCAGUAUACUGAGCAGGGACGCAAGCAGUUGACUGGGAGAAAAAUGAGGGAGAUUAUGGCGCUUGAAAAGGACGUGGAUCCAUCCGAGCUGAGGCUGAAUAGUAAAAAGCAUUUUAAAGGCAACAAGAGAAAUAAAGCUAAGGCGAAAAAAGAAGUCGAUCCGGAGUUCGACUGAUUCGGGAGCUAUGUCAUGUUUAGAAAAGUAUCGAAAGCUUGUAUUUCACUUGCUAGCGGAGUCUUAUCCGUCAAAUGUUAAAAGCAUGCUCAACGCAGCAA